AUGAGGACUGGUAGCGGCGGCGUUCAGGGCUCAUUCUCUCCCAACCAAAUUGCAGAGGUGGAGACAGAGACAGAGACAGAAAGAGACUCUUCGUCCAGUGUCUUCCUUCGUUCAGGGCUCGAGGCCAUGGAGAUGAAAUGGAAGAAGAUGGAAGAAGAAGAAGAAUAUGAGGAACAACGAAAGAAGGCACUGGACGAAGAGUCUCGGAAACAACAUUCAAGUGUAUUUGGCUCUGCUGUUCCAAGUGGAUCAUCUGUUUUACAGUUGAGGGAUAAUGUCAAGAGAGUUCAACCCAUUAAAGCAACAGCCACUGAAUUGCCACCAACUAUUCAGAAAUUGAAGACUGGUGGGAAGUCAAAGGUUGGGAUCAAUGGUUUUGGUCGGAUUGGAAGAUUGGUUUUACGAGUAGCAUUAUUCAGGGAUGAUAUUGACGUGGUGGCAGUGAAUGAUCCUUUUAUUGAUGCUAAAUACAUGGCCUACAUGUUUAAAUAUGACUCUACUCAUGGAUUAUUCAAAGGAAGCAUUAAGGUUGUAAAUGAUUCAACCUUAGAAAUCAAUGGGAAGCAGAUUAAGGUUGUGAGUAAAGGGGACCCUGCUGAGAUUCCUUGGGGUGAUUAUGGAGCUGAGUAUGUUGUUGAAUCUUCCGGUGUUUUCACAACAAUUGACAAAGCUUCAGCCCAUAAGAAGGGUGGAGCCAAGAAAGUAGUUUUAUCAGCUCCAUGAGCUGAUGCUCCCAUGUUUGUGGUUGGAGUAAAUGAGCAGACAUACAAGCCAAACAUGGACAUUGUUUCAAAUGCAAGCUGUACUACCAACUGUCUUGCUCCUCUUGCUAAGGUUGUUCAUGAGGAAUUUGGUAUUCUUGAAGGUUUAAUGACAACUGUUCAUGCAACUACAG